UCGGUCUGAUUUCCGUCGACGUCUGCAUCCUAUCGUCGUAAUCGUGUCUGGAACUCGAUUAUACGGUGUCUGUAUAGAAGCCAAUUCCAAUACCGGUUACGGUUACGCGCUCUUAUUUUCGAUCGAGGCCGACUUCGGCCUCCAAACCCGUCCAUACUUUCGGAACAGCUGCUCGCGGACGAGUUUCGACUGCUCGAACAAAGGUUAACGAUUCGACCGGAACGUAUCGUUCGUUUAGCUUACGCGUUGCAUUGCCUUCGAGUUUGGCCUCUUUGAUUAGCUCAGGUUCUCGCGGUUCGCACUGCUGCGAAAUGACAUACGCGUAGAACGUGUAAUAAACAAAUUUUACAUUACACGGUGAGAAGGUAACCUUUACAAAUGAUUGUACAUGUAUAUCGGUUGUCUCGAAUGGAGAGCGGUGCUCCGUUUGUGCACGCAUUAAACCAGUGCAGUAACAAUUGCAUCGAGCAUGUCGACAUCAGGAUUGAUUCAUUGUUAUCGAUGGUCCAAUAACGACGAUUCGCGGCGUCGAAAGGAUUAGUGUGUGUCGUUUCGAUCAUAUUUCAUGUGCUGUGCAAACGUACACUUUAUCUCGACUCGUGUUUCUCAAUAUAUUCUAUGUGACUGCAUGAUAUACGUACGUGUAGCAAUUUGUUCCAAGCUAGAGCUGUUCGUUGAGAGAUUAAUUUAAAAAAUUCAAUAAUAAUUUGCCAACGUGUGUCAUGGGUUCGACGAAAACCAAGAGCCAUUCUAUCCUUCGUCACACCCGCAGCAGAUGUUUCUUGCGGAACAGGAGACGCGAAACACGAGACACAAGACACAAGACACGAGUCCUUUGCCGAGAGAGAGUCAGAGUUGUUGCAACAACGGGCUCUUUCGUACUCGAAAUAUAACGUUCAAGUUGUCCGUUUGCAUUAUACAUGCCGCAGACUGUACGGAAAUAUUACCAUAAGUGGCGCUACGUUGCGCGCCAAGACGGAUCACUUUUCGUGGGGAUGCGCAUUCGAGUAACGAUUCUUCGACUUUUAUCGGUAGUCGAGUGUUAAAAAUUUCAAUUGAAUUUUCGUUGUCCGGUGAAUUGAUUUGCGUUGGCGUGCGUUGGUCUGUUGGUCUGUUGGUCUGUUGGUCUGUUGGUCUGUUGUCGAUGGUUUCCGGCGAAACUCGGAGCCUAAGAGAACAGAGAAUUCCCAGAAAGGAGCAAAAGGGUAGGAGGUUGAAUUUCGUGGAAGCUGCUGGCCGAGAAAAGGGAGAUCGGGCCAAAAAGUGGUGUUCCGUUCCGUAAGAAAGUAAGAAAUUUGGCCCGUUGCCGUUGACACUAGCGCCCCCUUAUCCAUCUCGGAAUCACCAUCGGAGAGGAGUCAUUGUCGCGUCGUAUCCUCUCACGCUAGCUGCUUCAUUAAGACUCAUUAGCAGGCAGCGAGCUCCGCAGAUCCUCCGAUUACACGGCAUCGUACACCGAACUCUUUUUCGCAGAUGCUCGUUCCGACACGUUCGCCGAUAUAUCAUUUCAAAGUGCAGGGUCAAUCCCCUCUCGAAGGUUGUGAUCGUGAUCGUGAUCGUGAUAGUUGUACAGUCGAUGCAUAUUUCGGAGCCCUCGCGGAUCUUGUCACGCGCGUGCUCUGCGCACGUGCGAAAUUGUGAUUCUCGAAUCCAAGACUCGUCAGUUGUAAUACUAAUACUCCCUCGAACCAAUUAGCAACCAAACAGAGAAUCCGUUUCAUCGAUCGCAUCAAAUCGUUUUAGAGGGGACUGGUAAUUUGCCGUAAAAAGUAAAGUAAGAGCGACAGUGAAAGAGUGUAUUUAAUGGCGUCGAGCAUUGCAACACGGUGGCAUUAAAAAGUUACUCGGGCCACACCGCCUCAGACUGGCCAGCAUGAUAUGAUAGCAGCGACCGGAACAAUCUCCCCUGAAACAUGAAGAAUCCUUAUUUGCUCGCGAGCUUUUUACUGUUACCUCUGGCGCUGGGCUUGACCCUGCAGGAGGACGACCUGGUGUUCGACGAUGUCGGCGAAGAGAGCGCCAGCAGCACCGCUCCUACCGUCAUCAGUCGUCGCUUGGACGACUCGAGGAUAAGUUGGCACGACCAUAAGCGGUCACACGACUCCAGGCACCAGGUGAAGAGGUUGUGGAGCGUACCUCGCGUCGUCGUCCCAGUCGGACACGUACUUAAGCUGAGAAUUCCGCGGCAACCGUUCGUCGAGCCCGCCGAUUAUUAUCAGUUGGUCGACGCGAACGGAAAGCAGCUGAUGCGUUGGUUGUACUGGGACGACGCAGCGUCGACUCUGAUGGGCGUGCCGUCGAAAAAGGACGCGGGGAGUCAUCGAUUGAGCAUCAAGGCCAUCGGAAUGCACGGCGAGACCGUGAAGGACCUGUUCGUUGUGCAGGUCGUUCCCGAGAACCACGAGGAACUAAAGCACAGAGAUGGAAAGACGCACUGCAACGAAGGAGAGGAUCAAACGAUUCUGAUGUUGUUGUUGAAUGCGAGGUUCGACGAUCUCUCACCAUCAGACCGAGUCAAUACCAUCACUAAUCUCGCUGGAUUCCUUGGACUUCACGUGAGUGGGUUUUCGAUGCACCCGGAAAGUGCCAAGGAUAGCUCGAACAUGGACUCGUCGGUGAUUCUUAGCGGGCCUGGGAACUCGAAACACCGUAAAGAAAAACAUUUCACCACUGUACAGUGGCAGGUCGGCUGCGACGGUCACUUGUGGAGACAUCAAACGGAUUUAGUGAAACGAUUGCGAGACCAAGCAAAGGAUGGCACACUGGCCGAGGUUAUGCAGCAUCCAGUUUUGCUGUGGCGCGUCAAAACAGAUUCAAACUCUUUACUGAGGAAUCGAAGGGAAGUUGGCUCUGGAGAAUUCGAUAAUACCGACGAUUACGACGGCUACGAUGAUGAUUACGAGUACGAGAAUGGAGGGGAGGAAGACGACGAAGGAGACGGCGAGGACUCGCAAGUGCAACCGACUAUUGUACCAGAAACGAACUCUCCUAGAGAACAUUUUAGCCCGGAACACCCUCACAGACACCAUCACGGAGAGGAGUCUAUCGAUUGGAACACGGAAGUGAUCGACGACAGAAUCCCAUUGGUGAACCAGGCGAAUACAGCGGAAAAUGCCGUCAACAGAACCACCACGGAUACGGAUAUGAAUACGGAUACGGAUACGGAUACGGAUACGGAUAUGGGCACAGACACAGACACAGACACGUCUACGACCACAACAACCACUGAACUUACAUCACCACCAUCAACAAUCCCAACAACAACCACCACCAUCACGACGACUACAACCUCGACAACCACUACGCAACAACCACCGUCAACGGCCACUGGUACUUUCACCACUAGCACAACAACGACUACCACAACAGCCGAUACAAAUGCAACAACAACAACAACAACAACAACAACAACAAGUAGCCCAUCGACUAUCAUUGUUCCGUCGACGACAGAGCCUCCGCAACCGGAGACUACAGAGGAGUGGACGGAUAACACCAGACACGAGGAGAACGAAUCUAUAAACGUCACGUCCGCAACUAUGUCAGAAACCAUCACCACCACCACUGCCAACUUUCCUUCGGUAAUCGUUGUUCAUUCUAGCACGGUCGGACCACCCACGACCGUCGUCGAGAGAACCGAGACAGACGUCAACGGUGGUGCUAUGAAUAUCACUACGGAAGAGCCGACGGAACACUCGUCAGUGCCUACGACGAAACCAACCACUACUCUAGUACCCACCGCGAUACCUGCAAAUCCCGCGACAACGUUCAUCGCCUCAAAUACCAGUACUCUGUCAACGAUUCUUGUCACGAAUCCCACCACCACAACACCAAUGCCAACGACAACACAGAUACAAACAUUGCCACCCACUAUAUCCACCACCUAUACCUACACCGUCAUGGUUCCAUCUACAACCACCACAAUAGCCAGCAUGAGCACCAGCACGACAACCAGCACUCCGACAACGACCAAUGUUACCGCUGAAUCACCCAGGGUAACCACGGAAAACGUAGAGUACGGAGUUCGCAACUCUCCACCCAGACAGGAUAGAAGGCUGAAGAAGAUACCGGUGACCGCUGGAAAACCGUUGAGCUACGUCAUACCGUCUGACACGUUCAGUGAUUUCGAGGACGGAGACACCAGGAGGCUGAGGCUGAAUUUGUAUCUACAGGGAGCACCGUUGAAGAUGACUCAUUGGCUUCAGUUCAAUCGGAACACGCAGGAAGUUUAUGGACUGCCCUUGGAGAACGACAUUUCAACCUGGACGUACGAAUUGGUUGCUGCAGACAGCGAAGGCCUAAACGUGACCGAUCGAUUGGAUAUUCACGUGCAACAGCAUAAGCUCAGUCGCAGUGUGAACCACGAGUUCAGUAUUUAUCUGAGGAUCGAUAAGCGCACCGAAUUCCCCACCGACGUAGACUGGGAGCUCAGAGUAAUCCGAAGUAUAGCCGAAGUAUACGGCGACACCGACACGAGACACAUCACCGUUCGAUCGGUGGAUAUCGAACACGGCCAAGCAAUUUUCACUUGGACCAAUGACAGCCUGCCGAGAAGCAGCGAGUGUCCCAAGGAAUAUAUCGAUAAUCUGUUGAACGUUCUGAUCGAUAAGAACGGCGAUCCUAGUUUCGCGUUAAGAAACGUUCUUCAACCCGAAAUCGCAGUGAAACGUGUGGUGUACCAAGGUAUCGGACAGUGCGAGGAUACAAGUCGGCCAGAACCGCCUAAAGUUUCCACUCAAGAACCCAAGUCCAACAUCUCGCCAGUGCCGAGGAACCAAGUGGACCUAGUCAAUGCUACCGUUGGCCAGCUUCUCGUGUUCAAAGUGCCAGAAGACACGUUCUACGACGUUGAAGAUGGUUCUGCCAGAAAUAUGCGGAUGUCGCUUUUGACUAUCGAUCGUACGCCUAUCCCAGAUCACGAGUGGCUGCAAUUCGAUAACAAGAAUCAAGAAUUCUAUGGUGUGCCUAUGCGCAGUGACGUCGGACGCAAAGAGUACCAACUGGUUGUCACCGAUAAAGACGGCGCGAGCACUACCGACGGUCUAGUCGUAGUCGUCCACCCUGCCCCCUUGAUGCACCACACGGUCGAGUUCUCGAUGACAUUGGACAUUCCGUACGAGUCGUUUGCGCAUUCAGCUCUACAAAAACGUAAUUUUGUCGAGAAGCUGCGCGAUCUCUACCAAGACAAAGACACCAGCGCGAUAUCGUUGCACAGCAUAUCGAACGGGAGCACAGUGAUCGCGUGGCAUAACAGAACUCUACCCACAUCGUACUGCGCCCACGAGGAGGUGACCAGACUCCGCUCGGUGCUGGUGAACGACAACGAUCGUCGAUCCGUCACGGAUGAGGUUCUGGAGAUUAUGGGUCAGAAAUUCCCAGUGAAACAGAUCACGGUGAUUCCGAUGGGCAUUUGCGUCGGCGAAGUGACCCACGUUCAUUCGCCGGAUAACAACGUUCCACCGGUAGACGAUUCUACCUCGGUUGGAGCCUUCCACGACGACUAUCUUAUCACGUUCGUCCUUCCUGCUAUAAUCAUAGCCGCGAUGCUCGUUCUGGCAGGUAUCAUCGCCUGUGUACUGUACAGACGAAGACGCAGCGGAAAGAUGAGCGUCAGCGAGCAGGACGACGAGAGGCAGAGUUUCCGUAGCAAGGGAAUACCAGUGAUCUUCCAGGACGAGCUAGACGAGAAACCAGAUCCGGGUAACAAGUCACCGGUCAUUUUGAAGGAGGAGAAACCACCUCUACCGCCUCCCGAAUAUCAAAAAACUGAGGACGGAGCAGACGUUCCUAUGUUGGCAAAAGAGAAUUCGGAGGAACCGUAUCAGCCGCCGCCGCCAUUCGCCACGAACCGAGACACCAAUCGUCAGAAUCGCCCCAAGCCUACCCCGACGUACAGGAAACCACCUCCCUACGUGCCCCCCUAACAAAAUACGGUUCAUUCGCCCACGCGUAAAUAUAUGCUAGCAAUGCUCGGAGACUCCCCAAUUCACACGCAAAACCAAAAUAAUUACCAUACGAAGCCUCAGCUUGCCGUUGACGUCGAUAGCUGCGGAUCUCGGAACGUGUACAGCAAUCUGUAAGGCUUUAGUUCAUCCGGUAUCAUCGAGGUAUAUACCACGCAGAUGAAAAUUCGUUUAUUCGUUUGCGAGGACACGCUGAACAAAAUCGCGCGUCGCACAAUUCAUUUCUUUCUUUUUUUCUCUUUUUCUUUCAUUUCACUUACUUGUUUUUAUCUAUAAGCAACAUCGUUCGUUUGCCGCUGUUCAGCCGCGGUAAGAUACAACAAUUUAAGAGAGAUCCCAUCAACGAGAUCCUCGAAAAAUAUAUCUCGCCCCCCCCCCCCCCCCCCACUUUGUGUGUGCGUGCGUGCGUGCGUGCGUGUGUGCGUAAUUUUUCAUUAUCAAUCGAUUCUGUAUUUCACGGGAAAUUUUUCUAGGGAAUAUGGGGAUACAAAUCACGCGUUGCCUUUUGUAACGAAUUCAAACUGUAGAGGAGAGAAAAAGAUUCACUGCUCCAGACCGGGUUCAGCGGAUUUAGGUUUUAGGUUUACCGGUAGAACCAAACAUACAUCGAUUGUUACGGCGACGUAUUCGAUCCGAUGUGACGUUGCUCGGGGACAGCAACGAUACUCGUAAAAUAUUUCAGUAAUCAGUGCCAUUUUUGUAAGCAAUAAGAGUAUACUGCCGCGAGGGCAAACCACGCGUAGUAUGGUUCUACGACUUGACGCAGUUAAAACUGUUGUUAAACGGUCUCGAAGUAUCAAUGAAUAUUGACUAAACGAAUCUUCUUAUCGUACAACAUACCUACAACGUGUAACACUGCCAGAUGAUUUAAAAAAAGAUAAAAAAAGAAACCAGAAGUUGCGAAGUAUUAAUAGAAGGAGAAGAAAAAGUAGAAGCAACGUAACUUAUCGUCGGAUGAGGUAGCUGCUCGUCAAUCGAGAAUGAAUAUGGAAAACAAUGGACGGAAUUAAAUCAUGAUCAACCCGUCCGACGAACGGUUAUCGAAUCAAAGAAUUAAUCUUAGAGAGAACUGAGAAUUUCAAAAAAAAAACUUAAACGAAUGUAUUCGUUCGUGCGAUGCCAUUGCAAACGUGACAGCAAAAUGCUUCCAUUGGCACUGUAGGCCAUGCAGAAUAACAAAAAAAAGGGAAGAGAUACUAAUACUAAUACUGAUACUAAUAAUAAUAAUAAUAAUAAUAAUAAUAAUAAUAAUGAUAACAACAACAACAAUAUAUAUAAGUAUGUACAUUACCUAAUUGUCGUUCGAUAGAGAGUCUGCAGUAAUUAAAACUUAGAUGAAUGUCGUUCAGUGCUACCAGACAUAUGUCAUAGCAUUUACGUUUCCUUUACUUCUAUUUCGUUUACUGCACAACGUAACACUGUACAGAGAAAGCUUUCUGUUUGUUUUUUACGCACAAUCUGACAAUUUUUUUCUUUUAUUAUUAUUUUUUGUAACGCUCUGUAACUGUCGUCUGUAAGAUUUUGCAUUCGACUCUUAUUUUACGAUGAAAAACUUUUUACAAGUUUUUAAGGUGUAUGUUGAAUACGUUUUAAAACUACCCGAAACGUUGAGGACGAAAGUUAUUUAAUUUAAACUUUUACAUAGUUACCAAGCCAAAAGAUACUUAUUUAACGAAGAAUGGAGAGAGAGUGGACAAAAGGUGGAGAAUAAGGUAACGAGAAACCCGUUUAAUAAUGUAUACAAAAAAGUUUGACCCAUACCGUUUGCAUAGGGUACAUGUAUACACGUGUUUUAUAAAUGAUUUUGUAUCUCGUCAAAUGCUCUGUUGCAAGACUUUUACGUAAUUCGAAGUGCGUUUUCUAGGUACGAUACGGGUAUAUGCGUACGCCGUUUUUUCAACAUCUCGAUAAUUUCCUAAUAUUUUUUGAUGAAAAGGAAAUGCGAGAGGAAAAAAGAGAAACGAUAUCUUUUGCGCACCUCGAAUUUGAAGGCUCCUUUUACAUUCGCUUGACAAAGACAGGUAGUCAACGAAUCUGCAAAUUUGGGGUCACUCCUACAAACUCGUAUGAAUGAUAAUAAUGAUGAUAACGAUGAUGAUUGUGUAUGUAGAAUGAUAAAUGGACGUUUCGUAUGCAAGCUAAAUUACGAUAUAAUAUAUUACUAUUAAUUCACAUCUUUAUAAUGUAGAAAAUUUAAGUAUAUUUACACGACAAAUCUUUUUUCAUCGCACCUUGUUUAUCGCAGUGUGUACCCAACGAAAUACACUUGAUCCAUGAAACGGAAGCGUUACGUUGAUCCGUGACUAAUACGGGAUGAGAUAUAAUUCGUAACGAAUCGAUUUGGAAAUGCGAAAUAAAAUUGAUUCAUACCACGCCUCGUUUGGCAGAAAAUCGAGCUUGAAAAUUCAUCAACUAUGUGUCUGCUCAACUGUACCUUUGAAAAUCUUCUACAUACCUUUGAUGAUAUCUCGUAAUAUCUGUUUUUAUGUGUACAAAUGAAUAAUGACGUCCCUGAAAAUAAUACAACGAGUUUUUAUCGUUUAUUCGUUCUUUUAACUCUCUAUCGUAGGUAUAAUGUACGCGAAAUCGGUAAUUCAAGAAAAAGUAUUUAGCUCAAACUAAUAAAUUAAUACAUUUACGGAUACAUACACAAGUAAUGAAAAAGCGAAACGAAACGAAACGAAACGAAACGAAAUUCAUACAAUGAACCGUUUACUGGCUAAUAAUUCGGAGUUUUAUUAUCGUACGGAUCACAUCUUACUACUCAAUUUACUUAAAAAUGAAACGGUCUAGAAAAGAAUGUAACACGUUACCAUUCAUUCUUGGACGAAUUAUGUCCCAUUUCCGUGUACUCGACAGAGAUGGACAAAAUUCUGAUCAAAGUAAGAAAUUUGGAAAAAGUAACAAUCGGAAUGGUGCGUAACGUCAAAGAUCGGCGACGAUUGCUCGCAAUUCGUAACAAUAAUCACUAAUCAGUAACGAGUGUCGGUUCAGUGGUCGGCAAUUUGUAUUCGUUGUCUGUUAUUCAAACAAAAUUCUGUCCAUCUCUGGUAUUUACUCGACUAGCGAAACCUCGGAAAUAUUUUCUAUUUUUGUAUAACGUUUUAGCGUAGCUCCUCCCGAAGAAAAUUGAAGCGACACGGUCCAGGAGGUAACCGCGCUCGAGCUUCGCUAACCUCGAUAUCUUUUUUUGUACGAAAUGCUCGAGUCGCGGGCAAGCUCCGCGAACACGUGAGGACUACUUACGUACGAUUAGUUAGUUAGGCAUCUCCCCCGAACCCUGGUUACGCGCUGCGAUAAGAAAGGACACUCGAUAUCAUGCUUUUAAUCAUAUCAUCGCUCUAACGCGUAACUCACAACCGCUGCAAUUGUGUUACCGUGACAAAACGAACAAACAAGAAGAGAACAAUGACAAUUAUGUAUGAUAAAUGUGUACAAUAUUUAAUAAGACCGGGACACAUUCGUGUAAAGAUGGUGAGUCGAAAGAGGACGAGAGACAAACAGAUGUUUUUGAGGUGUAACAAGACGAGAAUUUUCGUUUAACUUGUCAGAGUUGUUCGAAAGUAUUUUGUAUAUAAAAAAAAAAAAAAAAAAAAAAGAAGAAGAAGAAAAAAACAGCGAGAAAGAGAGAACGAAUGGUUAAGAAUCGUUGGACUAAUGUGAAAGUAAGAGAGAAUGCAAGUUGGACCCCGAUUCCCGAUUAAAGCAAACGAAAAUGUUCCACUGGAAACGAGGAAAUACGAUUGCGGCGCGGUGUCGCACAUAGGAAUUUCUUAUACACACACACACAACGCUAUAUAUGUAUAAGAAUACAUAUUGACUGGGAUUUUCAAAUUAUUUUUGUUUGCCGUAGCGUAACAAAUCGAAGGGAAGAAACGUUCUUUGCAGUUCGCAUCGGUCGAGGCGUCCAAUUCCGAGCGAAAGAUAAACGCGCUUGCUCGCGAUCAUCCUCGAGCGAUGAUGAGGCCGAUAACGAACAAAGGAAUAUCGAAGUAAUAUCACACGUAUACAGAUAUCUCUGACAAGUACUACAUAUUAAACAUGUGUAAAGUUAAGGAGUUAAUAAAGCCAUUUUAGGAUA